GGCGCCGUUCGGCAAUCGAAUCACGGCAAAGCUGAAUUGCUCAUGCUGUGACUUUUUAUUUUCCCGUUCUUUGGAUUAGAAAAUAAAAACUUGUUUCUUUAAAAGUUUUAGGAUUGAAUAUAUCUUCCAUAAUGAUUGACGACGCAGUUAUUGAUGCAAUGGAGGUGCUGCACUCAUGCCGCUGCUGCCUGCGGCAGCCCCCGGACAAGGAUCUCAAGAAGCCGUACACUCACCUCGGCAAAACAGAGAUAUAUUCGGACAUACUCGAGCAAUGCUUUGAUAUACGUCUGUCUCUAGACAAUGAUGAUGAGUGUGGGAUCUGCGAGACGUGCGUGGAGCGCCUGCGAGACGCACGCAGCUUCAAACUCCAAGUGCAGAACAGCCAGGCAGAGCUGCAGAAGCGCCUGGAUCGAGUACUUCACGCUAUGGAUGGGGGACCUGAAGGCGGGUCUAAGAUGGAGGAACAGGACCAACCAAAUAGUGUCCCUAGAUCACAUGGUCAACCAGAAACUGAAGUGGUACAGCAACAAGAAGUUAUUGGUGAUUCUGUAUCAUAUCUUGAACCGGAUACUAAAUCAGAGUUGUAUGAAGCUGAUGAGGCCAAUGAUGAUUUUAAAUUGCACGAUGAACCGGAUAUAAAAUCAAAGUUGGAUGAAACAAAUGCAGCUAAUGAUUACUUUAUAUUGCAUGGUAAACCGCAGACGGAAGUGGUUGUAGAACAAGAAGCAAAUAGCGAUCCUCUAUCACUUCAUGAACUGGAUGUAAAACCAAAGUUGGAUGAAACUGAUGUGGCCAAUGAUGAUUUUAUAUUGCCUGAAGACGCUUGCAACUCGGGGAUGCAGAUGUCGCCCGAGGACACUUUCAGCGAUGGACAGAUAAACCUCCGCAGCGACAUCGCUUCGCGCACAACCGAAACUGCUCAUAAAACUUGUGACCUCGCACCUACGACACACGUCGAGCGUAGCUUAGAGUUAACAUAUCAUAUUGACCCUGAAAAUAACACACUUGAAUCGCAGUUUCCUUCUAUCCAUAAGGGUGUGGAGAAAAAAAGAUACUUCUGCCCUGUAUGCGAAAAACUUUUCACGUAUGAAAAGAACUUACAAAUUCACAUGCGUCUUCACGAUGGAGACACAAAUAACUACUGUGAUAUAUGUAAAAAACAAUUCACACAAAAAUGUAUUUUAGAACAACAUAUUUUACGUGUGCACGUGGGAGAACGUUACGAUUGUAAGAUAUGCAAACAGAAACUCUUUCAUAAAUCUGCGUUGAUACGACAUAUGGUUAGACACAAGGCAGAGAAACCGUACUGCUGUAAAAUAUGCAUGAAAACAUUUUCACAGAAAAGUAAAUUAGACAGUCACUCGUGCCAUACGGAGAAUCGAUAUUUCUGCGACUUAUGCAAUCAGGGAUUCUUACACAAAUCUGUAUUGUUAUGCCAUAAGCUUACACACGCCAGUGAAGGACCUUACUCGACUGAAGUCGACCCAAAACCGUUUGCACUGAAACGUAACACUCGUGUUAUAUUGCACACAGAAGGUGUCUCGUGUGAAGUCUGUAAAAAAGUAUUCAAAAAUAAUUAUCAAUUAAAAUGUCAUAUGGCUGUACACACUGGAGAGAAACGAUACGCUUGUGAAAUAUGCCAAAAAAAGUUUUCCUUUAAAUCAAAUUUUACACGGCAUUUUAAAAUUCACUUUAACGGAACAGUUUUUUUUUGUAAAGUAUGCAAAAUGACUUUUAAAGACAAAUGUUCUUUAAAAAAUCACGCCUGCACAGGGGCAAAUAAUCGAUUUUUCUGCGAUAUACGUAAAAAGGGUUCUACACGAAAAUCAGGGGCGAAUUCUUACAUGCUUUUGCAUUUCAGACCAAAACCUUUUUCUUGUGAAAUAUGCCAAAAACAGUUUGCACGCAAAGAUGCCUUGAACAGACAUCAUAAAGUUCACACUGAUGAGAUGACGUUCUCUUGCGAAAUCUGUAAAAAAAGGUUUAAAGAGAAAUACUAUUUAAAAAUUCAUUCCCUCACUCAUAAAAAUAAGAAACCUUAUACCUGUGAGACAUGCAAUAAACAGUUUUUACACCAGAAAAGCUUAUAUUGUCAUCGUAAAAUUCACACAGGGGAAAAGCUAUACUCAUGCGAUGUAUGUAAAAAAAGCUUCACGACAAAAUCAGUGCUGAUUAACCACAUGCUUUUGCAUUUCAGACCAAAACCUUUUUCUUGUGAAAUAUGCCAAAAACAGUUUGCACGCAAAGAUGCCUUGAACAGACAUCAUAAAGUUCACACUGAUGAGAUGACGUUCUCUUGCGAAAUCUGUAGAAAAAGGUUUAAAAAGAAAUACUAUUUAAAAAUUCAUAACCUCACUCAUACAGAUAAGAAACCUUACACCUGUGAGACAUGCAAUAAACAGUUUGCACACAAGAAAAGCUUAUAUUGUCAUCGUAAAAUUCACACAGGGGAAAACCUAUACUCAUGCGAUGUAUGUAAAAAAAGCUUCACGGCAAAAUCAGUGCUGAUUAACCACAUGCUUUUGCAUUUUAAACAAAAGUCUUUUUCUUGUGAAAUAUGCCAAAAACAGUUUGCACGCAAAGAUGGCUUGAACAAACAUCAUAAAGUUCACACUGAUGAGAUGACGUUCUCUUGCGAAAUCUGUAAAAAAAGGUUUAAAGAUAAAUACUAUUUAAAAAUUCAUACCCUCACUCAUACAGAUAAGAAACCUUACAGCUGUGAUACAUGCAAUAAACAGUUUGCACACCAGAGAAGCUUAUAUUGGCAUCGUAAAAUUCACACUGCGGAAAAGCUAUACUCAUGCGAUGUAUGUAAAAAAAGCUUCACGACAAAAUCAGUGCUGAUUAACCACAUGCCUGUGCAUUUUAAACAAAAGUCUUUUUCUUGUGAAAUAUGUCAAAAACAGUAUGCACGCAAAGAUGCCUUGAACAGACAUCGUAAAUUUCACACUAAUGAGGUGACGUUCCCUUGCGAAAUCUGUAAAAAAGGGUUUAAAUAUAAAUACUAUUUAAAAAUUCACACCCGUACUCAUACAGGUGAGAAACCUUACACCUGUAAAGUUUGCAAUAAACAGUUUGCAACUGGAAGUACCUUACAGACUCAUAUGAAAACUCACACGGUGGAAAACUCGACUUCAACUACUACUGCUGCUGGAGGAUUAUUCUGUUGCGAAAAAUGUGGUAAGUCUUACAAAUCAUAUAGGUCGUUCAUGUAUCAUAUAAAGACACACUUGGGAGUAUGUCGUCACUCCUGCGAAUUAUGUGAUAAAACAUUUAUACUGAAGGAAUCAUUAAAAGAGCAUAUGUCAAUUCAUACAGGAGAAAAGGCCUAUUCAUGUGAUGUAUGUCAUAAGCGAUUCAGAACAAAAUCAAUUAUGGGACAACAUAUGCUGGUUCACCAGGAACUCAAACAACAUACUUGUCUAGUAUGCGAUAAACAGUUUAGACAUAAAUCUGCUUUAACUAUGCAUAUCCGAUGUGUUCAUACUGGCGAAAAGCCGUAUUCUUGCGAUGUAUGCAAAAAGGCGUUCUCUAUGGUAUCUGCGUUGAAUAUCCAUUAUCGAUAUCAUACUGGAAAACUCCCGUAUACUUGUAAGAUUUGUGGUAAAAAAUUCGUUGAUUGUUCUGGUGUCAGGAGACAUCUUAUAAAAGUUCACAAGGAGCAAACUACUAUUACUAAUUAUGAGAAAACCUGAAUGUUAUUAAACUUAUUAAUCAUUUCUUACUUCGUAAUUUGAUAAAGUUCCUGAAACUGUAUUUAUGGGAAACUUUCUAUGAUAUAUGAUUCUGAUUUACUAUAUAUGGCAUGUCUCUGUAGGGGUUUUCCAUGAAUUGGCCUACCUAUUUAGGUACCCUAGAGCGCUUCCACUAGAAAGUUUCAGAUAACUACAUUAUCUUAUCCUAUUUAAUAAUAGUAUUAUAAAAAAUACGAAUUAUA